AAGAAGCUGUCUGCGGUCACCAGCGUGGCAGAGGAAGUGAACAGAAGCCCUGCCUUCCACCUCCUGACGCAGAACCUGUCUCUGUUGGAAACCUGGUCACCCUCUCAGCUAGUGGGUUCCAUUUCCUGGUUUGAAAAGAGGCGGCCGGGAAGGCAAGGAAGAAGAUGGAGUCAGAGUUCCUCUACGACCUGUUGCAGCUCCCAAAGGAGGUAGCUCAGCCCACGGAGGAAGAGCUUCCACGAGGAGGAAAGAAGAGAUAUCUGUCGCCCAAUUCCAAGAGGAACCCCAAGUUUGAACAACUGCAGAAGGUGCUGAUGGAAUGGAUCAACGCCACACUCCUCCCAGAGCACAUCGUGGUCCGCAGCCUAGAGGAGGACAUGUUUGAUGGGCUCAUUCUGCACCACCUGUUCCAGAAGCUGUCAUCGCUCAAGCUGGAAGUGGAGGAAAUCUCUCUGACCUCGGCCAGCCAGAGGCGCAAGCUAGGGGUCAUCCUGGAGGCCGUCAACCAGAGUCUUCAGGUUGAAGAGCAGCAGGCCAAGUGGAGUGUGGAGACCAUCUUCAACAAGGACCUGCUGGCCACCUUGCAUCUCCUGGUGGCCCUGGCCAAACGCUUCCAGCCAGACCUGCCCCUCCCAGACAACAUCCAGGUGGAAGUCAUCCACAUUGAGAGCACCAAGAUGGGCCUGAAGUCGGACAAGCAGGUGGAGCAGCUCACAGAGUGCAACUCACACAAGGACCAGCCUUCACAGGACGCCUUUGAUGAAUUAUUUAGGCUGGCUCCGGAGAAAGUGCACGCCGUCAAAGAGGCCAUUGUGAGCUUUGUCAACCAGAAGCUAGAAGGCCUGGGCCUCUCUGUACAGAGCCUGGACACCCAGUUUGCAGAUGGCGUCAUCUUGCUUCUGCUGAUUGGACAGCUAGAAGGCUUUUUCUUGCAUCUGAAGGAAUUCUAUCUCACUCCCAGCUCUCCCACAGAGAUGCUGCACAAUGUCACCCUAGCCCUGGAACUACUCAAGGACGAAGGCCUGUGCAGCUACCCCAUCAACCCUGAAGAUAUUGUGAACAAGGACACCAAGAGCACACUGCGAAUACUUUACGGACUAUUCCAGAAGCAUUCACUGAGGGCAGUGGGCGACAGGGCACACCAUGGUACCCCAAAAUAGUCACCACUACCUCUCCAAGCUGUUUCUCAGGGGCUGCCACCUCUGGAGGACACAGCAGUCCUAGAUCUUCCCACACCAGCCUUGUUACUGUGGGUUGGUGACAUGCUUCCUUCCCACACCUGUCUUGCUUGCCUUUGACCCCACCAGAUGGGGACCAAUCUUGUACCCACCCCUGCUUUAUGAAUUGUAUUUAAGUGGGCGAGGGGGACUCUGCAUGCCUGGGUUAGCCUUUAACUGUGGCAAAAAAGAGUUUGGUUCCCAGGCUAGACCAGCCCUAUCAGCCCUCCAGUCUGUCUACUGGAGCAGUUAGUGGCUGCUCAGACCCCACAAAGCUGACCAUCCCCAGCCAAAGGCUCUUUGGCAUCAAGACUGAUGGUCUCAGGCCAUGGUCUCUACAUACUUAGUUCCUGAUCAUCUCCCUUCCACUUGGGGUGAUGAGCCCAGAACCCUCCCAAAGACCAGAGAAACAUGUAGACCCCAUGUCAGAGGACCCUGGCCAGGCUCUCCUUACAGCUGCAGUCCUGAGCUCUGCCCUGAGCCCCCAGGGAAAGAGAACCUGGAGUUGAUUCUUGGGCUCAAGUUAUCUCUGGUCUGCAUUGUGUCCUGUGAGACUUAGUGUCUUGUUCAAAGAGAGAGAAACAGCUAAAGAACUGAGCUGGGUCCAGGCUGGAGGAGAAGCCGUGGGGGAAGAUGCAUGGUAUGGGGGUCCAGGGGUACAGAGAUAUAGAGGUGUAGGGAUUCAGGGGUGCAGGGAUGUAGGAGGUUAGCCUCAUCGUUACUCUUCUGGGCUAUUCCUUGUUUGCCCAGCUCCUAGCCCCUGUGAGCAAAGUCUUUGAGGUUUGGGGUGAGUUUUGCCUUUGGGGAACUUUGGAGUAGAGUCUGACAGGGCAGGUCACCCCUACAAAGACAGUGGGUGCAGCUAGGUGACCUGGGGCUUCUCCCUACCCAACGCCUUCUACCUGUCCCUUUGGCCCUAGGCAGGCCACUCAUCAGUCUUAGACAGUCCCAUCAGAUAUCUGUCCUGCUGCCCCUGGGACAUGUCCCUCUUCUAUAUCAGAGGCCUCUAUAUCACAGUAGCUGAAGCCUGGCUCUCUCUACCUGCUCAGGUAAUCCUUCCAUGGAGACCUUCCUCUGUGCCUUGUCUCUUCUCUUUGGAGCAUCCUGAGGCACCGUACAAGCUUGAACCUCUCUGCUUCUUUACUGGGGCUUGGUAGACCAAAGCCGGAAUCCACAGUCACCUCCUAGGCUCUUGGUUCCCUCCCUCCUUCCCUGCUUGCUUGUCCCCGUGGCCCCUUCAUGUCCUCACCUCCACCUCCUCACCUCCUGUCUGAUAGGAGAUUUGGACAUAAGGAAAAUCAUUUUUGUAACUUUGUUGAGGAAUAAAUAACAUUUCCCCAUUUAAAUGCACGGCUUAAUGAUAGCAGACUAACAUAGGCAAUCGAAUCCCUCCAAGCAGAAGGCUCAACCCGGUCACCUGAUGUCCCUCCUGUCAGAGCCCUGGCGUUAGAAGGGCGGAUCCACUUUGUGUCCUGCCUUUUCUGCAUUUUUUAGAAGCUGCCAUCACCGAGCGAGUGGCCUUCUUCACUGUGGUGGGGUUGGUCUACUGCUCUGCAUUUCUCUGCAUUUCUCUGCAUUGCUCUGCAUCCCAAGUCUAGUUGAAUUCUCACGUAUACCAGCUUAUGUUCUGCAUACUCUGCUCCUUAAUUUAAAACUACUGUUUGAAUAAAGACACCUACAGCCAGGAGCUGGGCAGAAGAGAGGUAGGCGAACCUUUGGUUCCUGGGCUGGGGGUCUGGGGCAGAGGCCACAAGGGGAGGGAGGGGAAGAAGGAAGAAGGUGCUAUGGGGUAAGUGGGUUAUGAGCUCAUAGCCAUGAGGGCUGGCCUGUUGGAGCAGGAGAGGCGGGGCGGAUCACGCAUGUGCUAUCUUAGAGUUAUUGACAAGAAAGAAGACAGAAUGGCCCAGAGGGUUGAUAUCUGCCUGGCUCUAGUGCUUUAAGGCUUAUCAUAAAUUUAGAGGCUUGCUGUCUUUUAUUUGGGAGCGAAGUGAUCUAAGGUGGGAUAGAAACCCCCAAAUAAUAUUUACAGUAACAGUGUGGGGUUUCUUUCCCUGAUGCAACUCUGCUGUUUCCACAGUGACCCUACAGCCCACCCUUCUGUUUGCUGAAGACGACCCCCGCCCCCCAUGGGGGCCAAUCAUUCAUCCGUGCAUGCACUGCCUCCAAAGCUCGAGGGCUCUCUUUACUCCAGUUUCUAUGGAGUCUACAGGGAUCGCCAUUCAUGGUUCUCAGAUUGCUUUUCAUGUUCAAGUCUGUGUAGGAACACUUCCCAUCCCUUUCCCUAGGUGAAUGCACAAGACUGACACGGUUGAUUGGUACAGUAAUUGUAUGUUUUGUUCUGUAAGAUACUGAGAAAUGUAAGUUCUUUCUCUGCUGGUGAAAUGAGCCAAUUCAAGCCGUAUGUAUGUAUAUAUGUAUGUGUGUAUGUAUGUGUGUAUGUGUGUAUAUGUGUAUGUAAGUGUAUGUGUGUACAUGUAUGUGUGUAUGUGUGUACGUGUAUGUGUGUAUGUGUGUACAUGUGUACAUGUAUGUGUGUAUGUGUGUGUAUGUGUGUAAGUGUAUAUGUGUAUGUGUGUACAUGUGUACAUGUAUGUGUGUGUAUGUGUGUACGUGUGUAUGUGUGUAUGUGUGUGUAUGUGUGUAUGUAUGUACGUGUAUGUGUGUGUAUGUGUGUGUAUAUGUGUAUGUAAGUGUAUGUGUGUAUGUAAAUGUAUGUGUGUAUGUGUGUACGUGUGUACGUGCAUGUGUGUGUAUGUGUGUAUGUGUGUAUAUGUGUAUGUAAGUGUAUGUGUGUAUGUGUGUAUGUGUGUACAUGUAUGUGUGUAUAUGUGUACGUGUGUACAUGUAUGUGUGUAUGUGUGUAUGUGUAUAAGUAUAUGUAUGUGUGUACAUGUGCACAUGUAUGUGUGUAUGUGUGUGUAUGUGUGUAUGUGUGUAUGUGUAUGUGUGUAUGUGUGUAUGUGUGUAUGUGUAUGUGUGUAUGUGUGUAUGUGUGUGUAUGUGUGUAUGUGUGUAUGUGUAUGUGUGUAUAUAUAUGUAUGUGUAUGUGUGUAUGUAUGUACAUACAUAUGUAGAUACGUAUAUAUAUACACACACACACACACAGGUUUAUUGGGAAGCUGCUUUCAGACAGGCACGUUCACUAGCCCUCAGUGAAAGAAGCCAGGGAAGCCACCAUGGGAAGGAAGUGGGGAGGGGGAGAGCAGGGAGACCAAAUCAUCUAGGUUAUAUAUACUGGGAUCGAAAGUUUAGGGUUGGGAACAGGUAGGGACUGAGGGAUGCUGGGAGAACCUAGAGGCCAGGCCUGUUUUGGUGUGUAAAAUAUGCACCUCAGCCCCUUGUUGCAGGGUCUGAAACCAAACAAAAGGGUUUUUGGAAGUCAAUGUACUGUCUUCAGCCCCACCUGGGGUGCCCAAGGGCUCCCUUACUCUGCAUCUUGCGAGCACUUGCCAUCAUCUAUCUUUUCAAUGUCCGCCACUCAAGAGGGUGGGCUGGUGUCCACAGUGUUUUUGAUUUUCACUGUUUUUCCUCUAAUGACUAACACUUUUGAGAAUCCAUAUUAGUCAGUUCUGGAUACUGUAAUAAAAUUCCCAACAGACUGGGCAGUUUAAAUCACUGGUAGUCUGUCCCACAGUUGUGGUGGCUGGGGCUUGCACUAUGGAGGGACUGGCAGAUGCUCCUAUGGUGGCUGUCAAGAACCCUCGUCCGGGCUCAGAGAUGCUCGUCUUUUGUCUUCAUGAGGAGGGUGUGGGUAGGGUGGGUUGGUGUCUGUCAGAGAGGAGAGAGAGAGGUCACCACCCUGCCAUUGCCCCCCACACCAUGGCGUCAUCUAAAUCUUAUCACGGUAAACUUGCCUCCACAUAGCACAGGUGGGCGAGGGGCAGCAUGCAUCUCAGGCAGUGACUUCUCUUUCCCACCCCUGUAUCAUCCUUGGUAAAUUGCUUAAGUAAUUUGCCAUAAAAAAUAAUUGCACGUUGGAUCCCCUGGGACUGGGGUUCCCGGCCUGAUGUGGGGGCCGGGAUGGAGUCUGACCCUCUGGAAGAGCAGUAAGCACUUUUAGCCACAGAGCUAUCUAGCCCCAUUUGCCUUUCUCCCUCCUGGUAUAGAAAAAUUACUGCACUUUAAGCUUCAUAUGUAGUGUUGGAUGCAUUCUGAGUUAAUCCUUACACCGAGGGCAAAGGGUGAACUGUAAUUUUCCCCGGCGGGUACCUCCUCAUUCCAGCCCAAUUUGUUGUAAAGACUUCCCUUUGCCCACCAAUUCUCCCCGGUGGCUCGGUGCAAAAUCAGUUUGCCAUGCAUUUUCCAUGGGCCGUGCUCAUCAUGUGUGCAGUGUGCACCACGGUGCCAGCGCCAAUGUCCUUACUACUGGGUCCAUGAAGUCAUGAAGCCAAGCAGUGGGUUCCCCGGCUCUGUUCUCUCUUCGAGAAGCAGUGUUGAAUCUUGAGAGCGCUUUGAAUUCAUUCGAUCUCGAUAUAAACUUGGGAUCAAUUUGUCCUUCUCUGUUUUUAAAAGAGCUUUGAGAUUUUGACUGGAGUUGUGCUGACCCUUCAGUCAAGUGGGGGAUGACUGAUGGCUUAGGACUUUGGGAAGCUGGGUCACUAAGUUGGGGACCUCCCCUCCACCUGUCACCCUCUGCUCCUUCAUCUCCUUUCCCCCCAACCUCUCACCCUUCUUCAUCUCCUCUCCACCCUCUUCUCCGUCCCUCCUUUACCCUGUUGUAAUUUAAAAUAUUUUAUUAGUACUUUGAGAAUUUCAUAUAAUGUAUUUUGAUCAUAUUCACCCAACUCCUCCCCUUACCUCCUUCCAGAUCAACCCCUAUCUCUUUACUCCCAACUUCAAGUCCUCGUUUAAAAAACAAUAAUCCGGGGUUGGGGAUUUAGCUCAGUGGUAGAGCGCUUGCCUAGCAAGCGCAAGGCCCUGGGUUCAGUCCCCAGCUCUGGGGAAAAAAAAAAGAAUAAAAAAACAAUAAUCCACUCUGUUGCCCACAGACUCCUAGUGUGAUCUUGUAUUAGUCAGGCUUCUCUAGAGAAACAGAACUUAUAAAAUGAAUAUCUCUCUCCCUCCCUCUCUCUCUCUUUCUCUUUCUCUCUCCAUAUAUAUACACAUACAUAUGUAUAUACAGUUACAUAUAUAUAUAUGUAGUCUAUAUGUAUGCGUGUCUCUCUCCAUAUAUAUGUGUGUGCAUGUAUGUGUGUGUGCAUAUGUGUGUGUGUGCGUGUGUGUGUGUGUGUGUGUGUGCGUGUGUAGAAAGGGGAAGGGCAUUUAUUUUAAUGGCUUAGAGGCUUUGAUCCAACCAGGGCAACAGUGGCUGCUUGCAAACGGAGCAUCCAAGGGUCCAGUAGCUGUUCAGUCCAUAAGGCUGGAUGGCUCGGCUGGUCGUCAGUAUAUACCAGAAUCCUGAAGAAACAGGCUCUAAUGCUUCAAGGAGUGAACUUGCUAGCGAGAGUGAGAGCAAGGGAAGGCAGCCAGAGAGCAAGCUUCCUUCUUCAGCAUCUUCUACAUCGGCUGCUACCAGAGGUGUGGCCUGGGUUAAAAGGUGGCUCUUCUCACCUCAAUAGAUCGGGAUUGAAGGUAUAUCUCCUUAUCUCAAAGAUCCCGAUUAGAAGUGGGUCUUCCCUCUUAAAACGAUUUAAGUAAGAAAAGACCCCCCACAGGAGUGCCCAGCCGUUUGGGUUUUAGUUAAUUCCAGAUGUAGUCAAGUUGACAACUGAGACCAUCUACCACAGAUGGCGUGUAUCCCAGGCUGGCCUCUGGCCUCACUAUGUAACCCAGGAAGACCUUGCAUGGCUGGUCGCCUGAUUCUGCCUCUGUGUGCUGGCAUUACUGCUAUGCGCCAUCAUGCCUGGUCCUGAACACCCCGCUUUGAUUAUGGUGGCCAUUCCAUUCACGCUUUUUAAAGAUUCAUUUUUAAGUCUGUGCAUGCAUAUACGAACCUGAGUGCAGGUGCCCGCAAGGUCCAGCUAAGGGGUUGGAUCCUAUAGAGCCGGAGUUACAGGUGUGAGGAACUUUCUUGUUCUUGGCGCAUCUCUGGUGUAAAUCUAUGCCAUUCUCCUACGGCUGCCGUGCUCCCAUGGUUCUAAAUGCUGGAAGUCUGGAGUUAAGGUGCCGGUAGGGCUGUAACCAGGGAGGAUAUCUUUUUCAUCUCCUGGUAGCUGCCUGCAUUUCUAGCCCACAGCCAUUUGUUUCUUCUUCUUGCCUGCCUACUUUUCUUUUUCCUCUUCCUCCCCCCCCCCCACUCUCUCCAAGGUCUCACUAUUUAGUCCUGACUAUUGUGGAACUCAUGAUAUAGACCAGUCUGGCUUCGAACUCACAGAGAUCUGCCUGCUUAUCCUCAACUCUCACCCUCUAUUCCUUUCUCUGGACUCCCUCCCUGGGCCUCCGAUAAGAACACUUGCUAUGGGAUUUAUAACCCUGUGACCUGAGACCAUUUCAUGUCACCCCCCCCAACUUGGAAAUGUGAGGAUGACACAGUUGCUAGAUAUGGGCUUUGUAAUUGCAAGGGCUUCAGUUUGGUUUCCAGGCCCUUAUAAAAAUGCCAAGUGUGGUGGUAUCUAGUCCUUUUCUGCUGCGAUCACAGGAUACUUGAGGUUGGAAGAUUUAUAAAGAACAAAGGUUUGCCUCUUAACAAUUCUCAAGGCUGGGGAAUCCAGGAUGAAGGGGCUACACUCCUGGCUCUCAUCUCAUAGUAGAAGGAAAAGCGGGAUGGACCUUGGAGAGGCAGCUUUGAGCUGCAUGUACUCAUGGAGGUGGACCCUGGUGACCUGAAGCUUCAUAUAGUUCCUCUUCCAGCACCUGCAUGUGGGGGUGUAUUAUGUUUCUAGCCUGCAGGCUUCAGGGGACAAACUCAGCCCAGAGGUGAGCAGCUUUUUUCAGCCUUUACCAGAGUGGCAGGGAGUCUGUACCUUCGGGAAUGGGUUCACUUUAAAGAAACAGAUCUUAGGGUUGGAGAGAUGGCUUAGUGGUUAAGAGCACUGACUGUUCUUCCAGAGGUCCUGAGUUUAAGUCCCAGCAACCACAUUGUGCUCACAACCAUCUGUAAUGGGAUCUGACUCCAUCUUCUGGUGUGUCUGAAAAAAAAACAGAUCUCUGUGUAUGAAACUUCAAAUGGACAGGGUUUUCUUUUUCUCUUUUUAUUUAUGUUUAAGGUUUACUUAAUUUUCAACUACGGGAUGUAUGCCUGUGUGCCUGCAGUGCUUGUGACAGCCAGAAGAGGGCGCCAAAUCCCCUGGAGCAGGAUUUACAGGCUCUUGUGAGCUGUCCUACUGAGAUGCUGAGAACAGAACUCGGGUCCUUUAGAAGAACCGUCUCUCCAUUCGUUUGUUUGUUUGUUUAGUAUUUAUUUUCACCUCUGUGCCCUCUAUCAUUCUGUCCUGCUUCUCUUUCUUUAAAUUGUUCUUGCAGGAUUUUCUUAUGGUGUCUUCCAGCUUAUAAAUUUCACAGCAAGAAGGCGGCCAUUCCUCCUCUCUGGUUUGUUGGCUGUCUCUUUUUCUACUUGCCUGUUUUAUGUGAUUUUCAAUUUAUUCUGUUUUUUUAGUCAUGGGACCCUGAAGAGUCUUGGCGUGAGUUUGUACAUUUGUCUUGUGUUUUGAGUCUGUGGAGAAUUUUGGUUCUGUGGGGCUAUGAAAUCCGGGAGGGCUUUGGCCAUUAUUUCUGCAAACAAUUGUUUUCUGUCACCUUCCCCCCAAUUCUUCCUCAAUGCCAGGUUGAGUAGCUUUGGACCUUGUCACACUUGGAUGCUGUAUUUUUGGUUUUCCUUUUAUUUCCAGUGCUGGGGAACAAAGGCAGGGGCUCGCACACACCCGCUGGGCCAGCGCUCCAUCUGUGCUGUAGCUCUUUGCAGCCUUCCGGUGUCUCACGCUUUCUCCUGUUUUAAAGUCCAUUGAUCCGUCCUAGUCACCUCCGCUUUUAUCCCCGUUUUAUCCAACCUGAGACGUUGAGCUCUAUCGUCUCGGGAAUCCAUUUAGGUCAUUUAAAAUAUCCCCCAGUUCUCACCAUGCUCACACUUCCUUCUACCUCCGUUGCACCCGAGGCCUAUUUAUACGUGUGUUUAAACACUUCCGUCUACUGAUCUGUCAUCUGGGAUAUUUCUGGGCUUCUUCCCUUUGAUCGAUUCUUCUGAUUAUGAUUUAUGGCUGUCUUGCCAAACAAAAUUGCACGCCCAGCAAAAAUGUACAUCAUGGAUUUUAUGUCACUGAGCACUGAGUUUCUUUUACAAUAUUUCUUGGGGCCCGUGAGAGUAAAAAUAGUGGUUAGCAAGCCUCUGGGCUGUGGGGUCUGGUCGCAAGCACAAUGGGCUCUGGGGGUUGGUCGUAAGCACAGCACUGGCCAGGUAAGUACCCCACCCCCAAGUCACACCUUCACCUUCAUCUGGUCUUAGGAGGCAGAACAGGAGCCUGCUUGGUGGGUCAAGAGGACACUGUCCUCACCACUGAGGUAAUGCUGACCUAAGCACCCUCCCUGUGAUUGGAGGUUGGGCUGCCUGAGCUCUGAGACUGCGCCGGGUCUGCAUGCCUUCUGUUCCCAGCCGAACACUCCAGGGAGAUCUCUCCCCUGACCCAUGUGACGAAGGGCAGUGUUUGCCGGCCUCAGGCCUCUCCCUGCAGUUCCCACAGAUUAUGGGGCCCUACAGACUAUGGGGGACAUGGUGAUUUCAAACUCUAAUCCCCAUUCCUCUAUCUGGGUCCUGACUUCCUGCUGCAGACUUCACCACUUCCGCUUUCCUGGAGGAGGGGCUGUUGGUUGGGUCCUCCGUUCUCUACAGUUCCCACCCCUCCCCCACAAGGGCACUGCUCCAGCUCAGCUCUGAGUUUCUUCUCAUGUGCCUGUGCUUAUGAGCGUCUAAGGACAUUCCUGGGUAUCUUUCUUCAGUUGCUGUUUUCUUUCUAACUUUUUAUUUAAUUCUUUUAGACAGAAUCUUCUUUUGUUGUUACUGUUGCUUUUGUUAGUUUAUUUUUCAAGACAGGGUUUCUCUGUGUAGCCCUGGCUGUCCUGGAGCUCCCUCAGUAGACUAGGCUGGACUCAAACUCAGAGAUCUACCUGCCUCUGUCUCUCCAGUGCUGGGAUCGAAGGCCUGCACCAUUACCACCUGGCUAGACAGUCUUUUAAUGGCCUGGGUCUCAACAGGUAGACUUGGCUGGCCGGUCAGUGAAACUAGAGAUCCACCUGUCUCUAUUCCUCAGUGCCAGUGUUAUAAAUGCCCAUCACCACACCAGCCUUUCGAAAGUGGAUUCUUGGGGCUCUGGGCUGGAUAGUUUGGUCAAUUUGACACAAGCUAGAGUCCUCGGGAAGAGGGAACCUCAGUUGAGAAAAUACACCCACCAGAGCAGCCUGUGGUGAAGCCUGUGGUGCAUUUUCUUAAUGAUGAUUGAUAUUGGAGGCACAACUUACUGUGGGCAAUGCUGGGUGCAGGCUGAGCAAGCCACAGGGAGUGAGCAGGUAAGCUCUGUCCCUCUAUGAAUUCUGCUUCAGUUCUUGGGCUCCUGCCUUGGCUUCCCUGAAUGAUGACCGAUAAGCCCUAAAUGGAAACAAACCCUUUCUUUCUCAAGAUGCUUUUGGUCCUGGUGUUUUACCACAGCAAUGGGAACCCUAAGGCAGGUUUGAACGGAGGUCCUUAUGCUUGUGAGGUCAUGGCUUUAACAUCCGGGUCAUCUCCAUGAUGGGUCUCCAUGUGGCUCAGCAGUGCUGGGUUCAAUCAUGUGACUGAAGGACCAUCACCCUCUCCGGAUUUCUUUCCACACAGAAACCAUCCUUAAUGGGUAAUAACUCUGCCUCCUUCCCUCAGCUCUGGGCAGCUACCAGGCUGCUUCUUUUUGACUCAAUUUGUCUUUACUAUCCAGAGCCUGGCUACUCUGAUGGGUGCCGUUCAAACUCCUCACCUCCAAAUCAGGGCUUUCUGUCCUGACUCUGCCUCUGGCCGCCCUGUUUUGCUCUCUUUGAUCUACCCUUCUAAUGUCAUGAUACUUGAGAUCUGUGGUCCAUUCUUUCCAACCUGGGCACUAAAACCUGUGCUUCUCUUCAGCUCAUACUCUGUCUUCUUGCAUCCUGAAGUCUAGGUCACUUGUCUCCCUGCCUUGUCUCCGCUAACUUCAAUCCUACCACAGCCCCAGUGAUCUUGUUUCAGGAUCCUGGCCUCUGUGAAAGCUGCUCUCACCCUUGUCUAGCCUCUGGGCACCUCGGGAGCUGCUGACUCAUAGUCUAGUCUCCCUUGUGCCUCUCUCAGGCUUCGCUUGCUUGGUUAGUGCCUGACAUCCCCAAGCUCUCUCUAGGCUGAUGUCAUUUCUGCUCAAGAGGCUUCAUGCUACCCAGCCAGAGAGACACUAUCCCCUGAGGGAAUGGGGUGUUAGGGGUGCAUGGGAGAAGUGGCCCCACAGGAGGCUGACGGGAGAAAAAACCCUUCCCAGGCCUGUUCCACUGUCCAGCCGCUGUUCCCUCCUCCUCCAUGACGUGAAAUCUGACUCCAGUUGCAACUGCUGUUGGAGAAGAAGUUAGAAGCAGGAUAAUUAUAGUGGGCUGAAUGGGAAGACAUCCAGAACUAGAGGAGCUGGCAGCCCUGGUGGGGCAUGCAGACAGCUUCAUGAGUGAUGGGAAAUGCCUCGAAGGCCGGGGUGCCUCCGAGUUGAGCCGCUUCCCAAAAUAAUCUAGGGGCAGCUGUCUCAGCUUCUGAAACUGGGUCUGGCCACAGGAGCCUGGGGAGCCCCCGGCCCCAAAGCAGCCCCGCUCUGGGAACAGAUGGUGUUAGUGAUUUUUAUUUCUUUUUACCGAAGUCAGCUGGUGAGGAACAGCUUGUCUAGAGAAGUGUUGCCCACUCCCCACUCUUUUGGCUAUGGAUCAAAGCUGCCCUUCCCCCCACAGCCUCUGUCUCCUUUCCUUAUAAGUCUGGUGGAGGGCCUGCAGCUCAUUCCAUUUCAGAACUCCAGGGGUCCUCACCAGCUGCAUGGCAGGGACAGCCCAGGAAGCAUCCCGGUCCUCUCCAUCAGCGGGGGUCACAGAUUGUGAGGAGGCCUGGGUAUGUGGAGAACAGACAAGGAGAAUACCCAGAAAUGAGUUUUCCAAGGCUUGACCCAUUGGCUCCAGGCUGGCCAACAAGUGCCAGAAUUCUUUCAUUCACCCACACGCCUUUCAUACAGAUUGACAACACCAAAAAGGAGAUUCACCACCCAAGAGCCCUCACGUCUGCACUGAUCGAUAGGCCUCCCGGUGUGUACUUUCUUUGUGCGAGGCUUGGAGCAGGUGUAGAGAGAUUGUGGAGUGGGGAGGUCAAGGCCCAUUGCUUGUCAUGCUGGCUUGGACGCAACGUCUGGGCCGGCGUCUGCCAUGUGGUCCCUGAAUACAUCUUUUCCCUGCAGGAGAAUCUGGAUAGAUCCCUAAGUCCCUAGAUAGUGGAGUCCUUGUCUGUUAAGUGGGAGCAAGAAGGAGUCAAACCUUCAUGAGAUUUUAGUGAAAGUUACUAAGAGAAUCUAUCUAAGGAGCUGGAAGUAUGAGUAGACAUGUCACUCAAUAAAGUAUUACAUGAUACCAUGAGCACCGUCAUCACCACUGGCAGCAUCACAGUCACUGCACCAUUAUCUUUACUACCACAAUCACCAUCACUACCAUCAUCUCUGUUACCAUCAAUACCAGAUGAUCACCAUUGUCAUCGUCAUCAUCACCACCACCAUCAUCAUCACCAUCAUCAUCACCAGCAUCACCAUCACCAACACCAUUAUCAUCACCACCACCAUCAUCACCACUGGCAGCAUCACAGUCACUGCACCAUUAUCUUUACUGCCACAAUCACCAUCACUACCAUCAUCUCUGUUACCAUCAAUACCAGAUGAUCACCAUUGUCAUCGUCAUCAUCACCACCACCAUCAUCACCAUCAUCAUCACCAGCAUCACCAUCACCAACACCAUUAUCAUCACCACCACCACCAUCAUCACCACCACCACCACCAUUAUCACCACCACCACCAUCAUCAUCACCAGCAUCAUCACCAGCAUCACCAUCUUCACUGUCAUCAUCAGCUUCAUCAAUACACUGCCAACAUCACCAUCCUCCUCUUCCUCCUGGCCACUGCUACCACCACCUCUUUUCUAAAAGACAGGGCUGAGGGUCCCCUCCUCCAUCCCAGUGAGCUUGCAGUGAUGUGAGGUAUCUGGCCAGGGAUCUCGUUCACAGUUGGCAUUUAGAGCCAGGAACUGAGAAGCAUUCUAUGUAUCUGUGGUGAUUUGAGAACGUUUGGCCCAGGGUGUGGCACUAUUAGGAGGUGUGGCCUUGGUGAAGGAAGUGUGUCACUGUGGGGGUGGGCUUUAAGACUCUCAUCCUAGCUCCCUGGAAGCCAAUCUUCUGUUUGCCUUUGGAACAAGAUGUAGAACUCUCAGCUCCUUCAGCACCAUGUCUGCCUGGAUGCUGCCAUGCUCUUGCCUUGAUGAUAAUGGACUGAACCUCUGAACCUCUAAGCCAGCCCCAAUUAAAUGCUGUCCUUAUAAGUGUUGCCUUGGCUAUGGUGUCUGCUCAUUUCAAUAAAACCAGAAGACAGUA